AUGUCGUCACGAUUCUUCUACCGCGGUGGUAGCGACAGCGAGUCCAGCUCCUCCGAUGAGGAAGAGGAUGUCUACGAGCGCUCUGAGGAGGAGAGCAGCGAGGAGGAGUCCAGCGAAGACGAAGAUGACUCCGGCAGCGAUUCCGAUGACUCCGGCGAGGAGGGAGGCAAGAAGGGUGCCAACGCUUUCUUGAGGGAUGCUUCCGACAGUGAGAGCGAGGAGGAGGAGGAGAAGGUCACCCUCGUCAAGAGUGCCAAGGACAAGCGACUGGAGGGUCUCGAAAACACCAUCAAAUUGAUCGAGAAUGCGCAAAAGAUUAACGACUGGGCCGUCAUCUCUACCGAGUUCGACAGCCUGAACCGCCAAAUGGUCAAGGUCGCCCAGUCCGGUUCUACCCCCAAGCUCUACGUCAAGGCCGUUGCCGACCUCGAGGACUUCAUCAACGAGGCCGCCUCCAAGCAGAAGUCCGCCAACAAGAAGAUGAACGCCAGCAACCAAAAGGGAUUCAACACCAUCAAGCAGCGUAUCAAGAAGAACAACAAGGACUAUGCCACCCAGAUCGACAAGUACCGUGCCGCCAAGGAUACCUACAUGGACGAAGAGGUCGAGGAGAAGGCCCCCGCCGCUGCGCCCAAGCCUAAGCCCACUGCCUCCCAGAAGGUCGAGAACUUCGCUGCUGCCGCCGCCGCCGCUUCUGCUGGCGACGACGAUGGAUUCGCCACUGUCGGACGUGGUGGAAAGACCCUGCAGUACACCCCUGAGAGUAUCCUCAAGCACCUGCGCUCCAUUGUUGAGUCUCGAGGAAAGAAGAACACCGACCGUCUGGAGCAGAUCCGCACCAUGGAGAAGCUUCUGGAGGUCUCUACGACCCCCUACCAACGCAUCCGUGUUUACCUGACCCUUAUCUCCACCCGUUUCGACCUUACCUCCGCCUCCGCUAACUACAUGAGCCCCGAGCAGUGGAAGGCCGCCAACACCGAGUUUGGUGUUCUUCUGUCCGUCCUCGAGCAGAACAGCAACUUCAUUGUCACCGAGGGUGCCGAUGAGUGGGAGGAUGACGAGAAGCAACCCCAGCUUGCUGAGGGCGAGACUUUCCACAUUCCCGGCAGCAUUGUCUCCUACAUCGAGCGUCUGGAUGACGAGCUUACCCGCUCUCUGCAGCAGAUCGACCCCCACACUGCUGAGUACAUCGAGCGCCUGAGUGACGAGCAGCAGCUGUACAACAACAAUGUCCGUACUCAACUCUACCUUGAGGUCCUCAACGCUGGGGAGAAGAACGAUUCACGACAGGACAGUGUCAACCGUGUGAUCAUUCGCCGUCUGGAGCACGUCUACUUCAAGCCCUCCCAAGUGGUCUCCAUCCUCGAGGAGGCCGCCUGGAAGACUCUUCCCGAGACCCUCAACUCCGCCAUUACCCCCCGCGCCCAGGCUGGCGAUGUCGAAAACCUCCUCCAAACUCUCUGCAACUACCUGUUCCAGAACAGCGACGGCAUUAUCCGUGCCCGCUCGAUGCUCUGCCAAAUUUACUUCCUUGCCCUGCACGACAAAUACUACCGCUCUCGUGACCUGAUGCUCAUGUCCCAUCUGUCAGAGAACAUCUCCAACUUCGACGUCAGCACCCAGAUCCUCUUCAACCGCACCCUUGUUCAGAUCGGUCUGUGCGCUUUCCGCGCCGGUCUCAUCUACGAGGCCCAGACCACUCUUGGUGACAUCUGCGGUAGCGGCCGUCAAAAGGAGCUUCUCGCCCAGGGUAUCAUCAUGCAGCGUUACUCUACUGUCUCCCCCGAGCAGGAGCGUCUGGAGCGCCAGCGCCAGCUGCCCUUCCACAUGCACAUCAACCUGGAGCUGCUUGAGUGUAUCUACCUGACCUCCAGCAUGUUCCUCGAGGUUCCCCUCAUGGCGCAGACAUCCUCCGCUCCCGAGAUCCGCCGCCGCAUGAUCUCCAAGACCUUCCGCCGUAUGCUCGACUACAAUGAGCGCCAGGUCUUCACCGGACCUCCCGAGAACACCCGUGACGGUGUCAUCAUGAGCGCCAAGUUCCUCGCCGCCGGCGACUGGAAGAAGGCCGCCGAGAUGCUCGCCUCCAUUAAGAUCUGGGACCUGAUGCCUCAGCCCGAGAAGAUCAAGGAGAUGCUGUCCGCACAGACACAAGAGGAGGGUCUGCGCACUUACCUCUUCACCUACGCCCCCUUCUACGACAGCCUGUCCAUCUCCUCGCUGGCCGACAUGUUCGAGCUGCCCAUCAAGAAGAUCACCGCCAUCAUCAGCCUCAACGACGCCAUCAUCUUCCGCAAGGGUGUCGAGCUCUCCCGCCUCCAGUCCCAGAUCGUCACACUCGCCGACAAGUCGAUGGGUCUGCUCGAGUCCAACGAGAAGACUCUCGAGCAGCGCACUCAGGGUAUGGCCAAUGCCUUCCAGCGCGAGCAGGGCCCCGGAGCCCGUGGCGGUCGCGGCGGUGGUCGCGGUGGUCGCGGCGGUGGCCGUGGCGGUGGUGCCCGUUUCCCUGGCGGCGAGCGGAGACCUGGUGGCCAGCAGUUCGGUGGUGGUGCAUUGGGUGGAGCGAUCAAGGCUUAA